AUGUGUUCAAAAGAAUAAUAAGAAUCUAAAACUCUUAGAGAUGAAGUAUCACCAUCAAUCAGAGAUUUCAUCACCAAUUUUAGAAAAUAGCAAGCAUAACUAGCAAAACAAAAUGCAUAUCAGCAAUCCAUUUAAAAAAGCAUUCCCAUAUAAUAAAUAACACAAUUGCAAUUUAUUAGAUAAUCAGUUGAUACUUAAACAGACCGAGCAGAAUUAUAAUCAGAUACAUCUUUCAAAAGAAAUUCAGCGUAAAUCUCAUAAAGAUAAAAUUCGACAUUUUCUUAAUCUUACUUGACUACUCGAGAAGUACAAAAACAAUGCGAAUAUAAUUAAGCAAAACCCACCGAUGAUCUUCCAUCAACAAGAGUGAAUUUUCAUCAACUUCAUCAACACUAUCUAUCCACUUAAUCAGAAUUGGGUACUUAGAACAUAUCUCAAUAAUUACCUUUGAUAUACAGAUCUCCAUAAAAGUGUGAGGGUAAUAUCAAUUAUAACUAAAUGACUGAACAAAUCAGAAACAAAGUGAUAUAUGAAUUAGAUAAAAGAAACAUAGAAAAUAAUUCAUUUUCAUAAUAGCAAUCUUAAUCUAAGUCACUUUCUAGUUAAAAAAUGAUUAAUUUAUCGCUUAAUAAUUAAACUACAUCCUUGACGGUUAUACCAUAACCAAAAAGUGAAGAUGAGGAUUCCUUUAUAAAAUUUAUUUAAAUGAAUCUGGUCAAUAAGAGCAAGGCGCAUUUGGAAGAACAAGAAAAUCGACCACCUUAAUAGAGUCUUAUGUAAUACAACUCAAACAUUACAAAGACUAAAUAACAACAUUUAAAAUAGUCCAUAAGCAAAUAAAGAAUUUCAGAAUCCUUAAAUCAGAAUAGAGUAAUAAAGAAUAAAAGUUGUAUCAAAGCAAAUACAAAUACGAAUACUAAAUCAAAUGCACAUUAAAGACUAUAUUAAGAUGCAUGUAUGAGAUAGGAGAGAAAAUCUUUGGCUAUUACUAAAAGAUGCAGAUAUUGA